AUGUUAAGAGGAUGUUUUUUGUUCUUAAUAAUAUCUCAUGGAAUUUUUUCAUAUCCCAAUCAAAAAAACAAAUAUGAAAUUCGUAUGCCAGGAGUAACAACAACAAUGGAUGAUGAAUAUUGGUGUUAUUCACAGAAAAUUGAGAAUGAAACACUUUACAUAACUGGAUUCCAGCCUGUUUACGAUCCUACCCUUGUUCAUCAUCUUAUUUUGUUCGGAUGUGAGGAGCCAGGAAGUACAGAAGGUUUAUGGAAAUGUGGUGAGAUGUCGAAUAGCGAAACAUCUGUAUGUCAUGCAUCUGAGUCUAUUUUGUACUCUUGGGCGAUGGGAGCUCCGUCCUUUGAAAUGCCUUACGAUGUGUCGUUUAAAGUUGGUUAUGAAACUCCAUAUAAAUAUUUAGUACUACAAGUUCAUUACAAAGAUGCUAUGAAUUUAGACGAGAAGGAUACAAGUGGAUUAGAACUAACUACCCAGUCUACGCCAACUAGUAAAUUGGCUGGAAUAUAUAUAUUAGCUAGCGGUGAAGAUAUCGGACCCAGUCAAAUAGCUCGUCUGGAUGUGGCAUGUUCAUACACAGGCAAUGCUACAUUACAUCCAUUCGCCUUCCGUGUUCACUCUCAUAGUCACGGUGUUCUAUCUAAAGGUUAUGUUGUUGAUAGAAGUGAAUGUUAUCUUAUUGGAUCUCAAUCACCUCAAGUUCAUCAAACAUUCUAUCCAGUGCAAAAUCAAUCACUUGAAAUACACAAACAAAAUAUAAUUGCAGCAAGGUGUAUAAUGCAAAAUAAUGAGAGUAGAAUAAUUCGAAUAGGAAAUACACGAAAUGAUGAAAUGUGCAAUUUUUACAUUAUGUAUUGGGUUACAAAUGACAAUGAACAACAGUUAUAUGAUACAAAUAAUCAAGUUUGUUAUAUGGAUGGUGGAUCGGAUAUUUAUGAGAAUUUUCAAGAACUUUAUGAAAAAUUACGUGGUGACACAUUCUUUCCAGAUUUUGAAUUUUUCAAUUCAGAUUUAAAUGACUUGUUUGAUAAUUAUGAAAACGCAAAUAUAGAUCAACAAAUUGAACCAUGA